AUGGCAAAUAAGUGUGGGCACUGCGGUAAAUUUAUUUCGCAGACAGAUGGCGUUAAAUGCUCAAAAUGCACGUCGACUUACCAUCGGCCGUGUGUUAAUAUUAGCCCCGAAUCAAGGAUAAGCCCAAAAUGGAUUUGUAAAACCUGCAAAAUACCGCGCCAAAGCCCUGUGCCAGCCGACUAUUGUAUUGAGGCAUCGGUAGACUCAAGAGUUGAAUCCCACAUUGAAGGUUUAUUGGCUAAGGAAAUUAAACUCCUUAGAACUGAGUUGAAGACUCUGUCAGAAGAAAUGGUCAGUUUCCGGCAAGAAAUUGCGAAACUAAACACCUCCAUGACACAGUUUAAUUCGAGACUGGACAGCGUUGAAACCCGAGUUACCUCCCUGGAACAACAAACGAAGGAGGGUCACAAGUCAUGCAAUAAUAACGAACUGGUAGAUAUUAUUGCGCACUUAAAGCGCGAUUUGAAUAUAAAGGAACAGGCGGCUCUUUCUAAUGAUUUAGAGCUCACCGGUAUUCCUGAACAGAAGGGAGAAAGCCCGGGUCACCUCAUGACACUCGUCGCCAAAAAAUUGGAUGUAGAACUGGACGAGCGUGACGUGGUUAGUGUUGAACGUGCCGGUAUGCGUCGAAACCGUGAGAGCUCGGAUAGCGAACCACCGCGGCCUAGAGUCAUCGUCGUACGUCUAGCGCGGCGCUCUGUCCGCGACCAACUGUUGCGGGCGGCGCGCGUGCGUCGGGGCGCUGAUACAUCAGGUUUUAAUAUCAAUGGAGAACCGACUCGCUUUUAUCUUAACGAGCGCCUGACGUAUGCCAACAAGCACCUUUUCCAUAGGGCCCGACAGGAGGCACGGCGAUGCAACUGGCGAUAUGCAUGGACAAAAAACGGUGUAAUAUUUGUGAAGCGCGAUUCUAUGUCUAGUAAGCAAAAAAUAUGUAUGGACUGUGACAUUGAAAAGGUUUUUGGUUCUUCAUGA